AUGCUCAAACCGGCAGAUCUGACGGCCGUCAGGGCCACCUGCAGCUCGCUCUACCGGCUAGCCGCUGUUCCUCCUCCUCGCUGCUCUCAUCCUCCCCACCCCCCUCCAACCCCCCCUCGUCCCUCCCCUCCCCCUCUCCUGCCGUCCCCCUCCCCCCCCUACUCCCCCCCAGUGCGCGCACGCCCAUCAGUCUCCAUCCGCGUGCCCCCCAAGCGCCCCUCCGACUUCCCCUCCUUCCUCGCCCGUGCCGGCCCCUCCCUCUCCGCCCUCACCAUCCUCCCCACCGCGCAGCUCCCUGCCACGUGUCUCGCCCUCAUUGGCCAGCACUGCCCGGGGCUAGUUACCCUGAAUUUGACAGACCAGAAGGGGGUGACUGAUGCUGUGUUGGCAGGGGUUGGGGGAGGCUGUGUUGGGUUGAAGACUCUCAAGGUGAAGGUGCAUCAUGGGAAGCUGACUCAAGGGUUAGAGGCAAUUGCGGUUAAUUGCAAGAUGCUAGAGACGCUCUCUCUUCCCACUCAGGUCCGGGAGUCGAGCCUUGGGCCGCUCCUCUCCUCCUUCCCGCAUCUCACCCGUCUCGACCUGAGUUGGAGCACCAAGCUCGCAGACCCCGCCUUUGCCACCAUCGCCUCCUGCUGCCCGCGCCUCAUGCACCUCGACGCCUCCUUCUCCCAGGUGAGCGUGCUUCAGGGGAUGUGUGCACACAUGCAUUCUAUUCAAGGAUAA